AUGUGCACAGCCAAACACAGUUCUGCGGGUAACCAGGCCAUCGAUCAGUUCCUCCUCGGUUCCAGGGAGGCACCAGAAGGUGGCAUUGUUUACCGUCCAGACGGUGAAGGCAACCAACGACCACCUAAUAGACGCAAGGCUACGCACAUACAGAUUGACUGUCAGCUGGAUGAACGGAAACAAGUGAAAUAUGGACUCAACUUGCUAGAGAAAUGGAGACCAAAAAUUGACAAAUAUGUACAUGAAAUUGUGUAA